UCCACCAGCCCACCAAGCUGGAAGUCCCUAUCUCAUAGAAGAGGAUACUGAGGUUCAGAGAAGCUUCUAGGGGGAGGGUACCCCUGCUUCUCCAGGAGAAACCCUCCCAGAAGGGCCUCCCCCUGAAAAGCAGCCCAAGACUCAGCCAACUAUGGUCCCCGGAGUGUUUACUCUGCACCCAGGGCGGAAGGGACCAGGCAGGCGGGGGCGGACAAAGUCCGGGGGUUAUAAAGGCCAGUCCAGCAGCGUCCGGUGUCUCGGUUCAGAGCUCAGCUAGCUCGGCACGGCUGGACAAGGGCACCACACUCCUCACCCAUGCUGUCAGUGCUGCUGAUGUUCUCGUGGCUGCCUUCGGGAGGUGCCCUGUCUCUGGCCCAGGAGCGCCUCCCAGCCUUUCCGGGACCCUCAGAUGCUCACUCCAGCACGGACAUCUCUAGAGCCCAGGAGUUUCGGAAACACUACGAACACCUGCAGACCAGGCUGCGCUUGAACCAAAGCUGGGGUGAUUCAAACUCUGACCUCGUCCUUGCAGCUCCAGUCUGGAUACUCACUCCAAAGCUGCGACUGGGGCCGGGCGGCCACCUGCACCUGCGCAUCGCCCGGGCCGACCUGACUGAGGGGCUCCCCGCAGCCUCCCGCCUGCAUCGGGCGCUGCUCAGGCUGUCCCCGACGGAGCCCAGCUCGUGGGACGUGACUCGGCCGCUGCAACGUCAGCUCAGCCUUGGAGGUUCCCGGGCCUCGGCACUACGCCUGCGACUGCUGCCUCGGUUGGACAAGGACGGGUUGAGAGCAACGUUACCUUCCGCACGUCCCCAGCUUGAGCUGCAUUGGCGGCCAAGCGCGGCCAGGGGGCGCCGCGACGCGCAUGCGCACGCCGGGGACGGUUGCCCCCUCGGGGAGGGACGCUGUUGCCGCCUGCAAAGCCUACGUGCGUCGCUCGAGGACUUGGGUUGGGCCAGCUGGGUGGUGGCGCCUCGCGAGCUAGACGUGCGCAUGUGUAUUGGCGCGUGCCCAAGCCAGUUCCGGUCGGCUAACACGCACGCGCAGAUGCAGGCGCGCCUGCACGGCCUGAAUCCCGACGCCGCGCCUGCGCCAUGCUGCGUGCCCGCCAGCUAUGAGCUGGUGGUGCUCAUGCACCAAGACAGCGACGGUCGCGUGUCGCUUACGCCCUUCGACGAUCUCGUAGCCAAGGACUGCCACUGCGUAUGAGCGGUGCUGGUCUUUCACUUACGGCUCGUGAGCAGUGGAAGCAACCUCAGAGAUCCUUGCCUGUCGAAUGGACUUGUGGGACCUGAGAUACCCGAUUUCCCACCUCUGCUUUCUAUCCCCCCUUCCCACACCUCUGUAUUUAUGUUUGUAUUUAUUAUUAAUUUAUUGGGAUGCUCUCCGUGGGGACUGGAGGGCUGGGGAGGGCUAGUCUGACGGUGUGCACUUAUUUAAAACUGUGGUAAUAAAAGUGAAGGUGUUUAACCUGAGCUCCGUGGUGUCCAGGA